AUGGAUGUGACUUAUAGUGUUUCAGAAACGGUUCAUAGAAAAGGUGGACAAAUAGUAGAAGUUGAUUAUGAUUAUGAAGAAACAAGACAAGAAAAUGUUGGACAAGGUACAAAUGAAAAAAAAGUAGAUCGUACUCGUACUUAUUCAGCUAAAAUAACACGUCAACAAUAUGAAACACUUCCUCAGAAACUCAAGAACGCAUUUCCCUUUGAUAGUUUUCUUCAUAUAUUAAAACCACUGAUGAUGGGAACGUAUCUAAGUGAUGAAAUUCAGAAAGCAUUUGAUUUGUUAGAUAGAGACAAAUCUGGUACAAUUGAUGUCAAUGAGCUUAGUGCAUUUUUACCGAUCAUAAAUCCUAAUGUAACCAAGGAAAGAUUAUUAAGAUAUAUCAGAAAAGUUGAUGAAAACUUUGAUCAUAAAAUGAAUUUCGAAGAAUUCAGUAGUAUGAUUUUACGUGGAAUUGGUCGUGAUAUUGUGUGUGGUCAUGUUUAA